AUAAAUGGCAAUCUGGAGGUAUAAAGCUGGUGCUGUAUCCUUCUUUUGUCUUUCUGAACACUUUUGUCAUUUGUUUUGGUGUUGGUCUGUCUACUUUCUCUGCCUUCUUUUGCUCCCCCAUAUAUUGUCCAAAGAAUGCUUCAAGACACAUCGUCGCAAGGCGGCCUUGAUCACAUAAAUAACGCCAUUAAUAACAACACAAUCAGCACUGGCACAAACAACAUAAACAACAUAAGCACUGACGACUCUAGCUUAAUGGCCACCCAAAUACUUGAUUCUCAUCCUCGUUCUCGCUUCAGAGACAACAGAUAUCGAAGUAGUGAUAGUAUUAAAACCUUCAGCUCUUCUGUCCCUGCGUCUGCUCCUGCUUCUGAUACCACUAACACCAGACCACAGUUGUUAAAGGAACUAGCAAAAUCCUCUGAUUUUUUCAAGUUUGAAAUUAAACAGUCAGAUUCAAAUAACUUGAAAAAUCUAAUAAACGAUGCGAAUUUGAAUUUGCUCGAAAAGAAACUAACCAAAAAUGAGAAAAGCUCAAUCUCAACUGAAAUCGAAAAAAUAAGAUCAAAAGAGAUCACUUUAAUCCUAAUUCAAAAACAGUGUGAAGAUUUAAUAAUCGAACUAGAUUUGAAUAACGAUCAAAUCAACAAACCAGAAUUAAUUAUCAAAGACCACAUAAAAAAACUAAAUCAGUACAAUGAAUUAAAAGAUAUCGCGAUGGGUUUAAUUACAAUGAUAGCUAAUCAUAAACAAAUCGAUAUGAAACAGGUUUUACAAGAUCUUGAAAUCGAUUCUAAUGAUAACGAUAAUGAUAAUGGUAAUGGUAAUGAUAAUGAUAAUGAUGUUAAAUUUAAUUUACCUUAAUAAAAUAAAAUAAAACAAAACAAAACAAAACAAAAUAAAAUAAGUUUAAUCUAGGCUUUAAACUAGCUAGUUUUUUUUCCCUUUUUUUUUAAUUUCAUUCUCUUUUU